AAAAAUACAUUUAGUUUGUGAACUAGUAUAGAUAUAUUUCCAUAUUUCCCUCCAACUUACCAUCCAGUCACAAACAAUACAAUUAUUGAUUUCCAUACUGAAAGUGCUCAGUCAAAUUUAAGUCAUUCAAAUUUGAACUGUGCUAACAUCAAGAUAAUUUUGACAUUUGCAUGAAACAGUGUCAGAGCUAAUUAUGUGUAGGGUUACAAAUGCCAGUCAAAACAUUUUAUUUUCAAUAAAAAAAAUGCUCCUGUUCCUUUUGCCGUGUUCUCCUAUGAAUAAGGUGCAAUACUUUGUGCUGAGAAAGCAUGAAAUCCAUGCAAUGGAUUUUUUACAGCACACUGAGCCCGAAGAGCAAACUUUGGCUUAAUGAAGAACGAUCCCAUUCAUCAGUGAGUGGAGGUUUGCUUCUGUUAAGCCAGACAAUCGAAAGAAAUGCUGGAUGUGUUAAAAUUGCUUCAUACAAUUCCUUCAUCGAACAAAAGAAUAAAAACUUAAAUGCACAAUCUGUUGGUGCUUAUUGUAAAAGAACAGUAUUGACACAAUGCAAUUGUCUGCUUUUGCAACAAAUACCAAACAACCGGACUGAGAACUGGGACUUCAUUCUCCAAAGGCAUGAAUUGAACUUGAUCUGAUCAUCUUUUCUACUUGACAAAUACUUGAUUGUUUGACGCUGCUGGGUAGUGAUGAAUCUUUUGCUUCAAAAAUGGAAUCUAGACAGGAGCCUGUGUAAUAAUACUGUAUUGUGUUUCUCCUCCCAGAACCACACCUGGAUAUCCGGUUUGCAGAGUACCCAGAGUGGAUGCCAGCGUGGGUUAUUGAUUGACGCAGAGCAGAAAAAACUGCAGAUGAACGUUGUCAUUGUUGCAGAUGGUUUUGAAGCUGCCUCACGAAUUCGAAAGCCCCAGAACGGGCAGCUGCACAAAUAUAUAGUCCUGUGGUCAUUUGAAUACGAGGCAUAUGCGGCAGUUAACAAAGGCUAACAGCAUAUGAUUAUGUGUCAUUUUCCCUGUCCCACUUCACUCCGGCAGCCCUCCAGAAUCAAUAGAGAGAAGCCAGAGAGUGACCACAGAGAGAUCCAGGCUGAACCGAACCCCCCCUCCCUGUUAAAGAGGAGCAGAAGGGUAUUCUGACCCAUGGGAAGGAAAACCAGCAUGUCCUGAGACUGACAGGCUUUAAUUAAAACGGCUGCGUGCAUUGUGGGCGUGGUAAAGGAAGGGCCAGGAUAAGGAUAAGCAUGCUGGAUCUGGUAUCAGCGUUUCCACAGCAACGCAUAUUAAGUUGCAUUUCAGUGGACUUUAACCAGGCGGAGGGACAGGUGACGUUUGCAGGAAACACCAUCCUUCCUGGAACGAAACCUAGCAGCCUCAGACAUGGCAAAGUUCUUCACUCCAACCCAAAUCAGUGGGAUGAACUGAGUUGUAACAGAACUUUCCCCCCCUUUUCAGAGUUCAAAGAAUGCUUCUCGCUGUACGACAAGAAGCAAAAGGGCAAAAUUGAUUCGAAAGACUUGAUCACGGUUAUGCGCUGCCUGGGUACAAGUCCAACUCACGGUGAAAUAGAGCGGCAUCUCCAAGUUCACAAAAUCGAAAAAAAUGGCGAGCUGGACUUCUCCGCGUUCCUGAUGAUGAUGCACAGACAGAUGCAGCAGGAGAACCCCAAGGCCGAAAUCCUGGAGGCCUUCAGGAUGACCGACAAGCAGAAGAAGGGAUACAUCCAGGCGUCCGAGCUGCGCGCCAAACUCACCAAGUUAGGAGAGAAACUCACAAACAAAGAAGUGGAUGAGCUUUUCAAAGAGGCAAACGUCAAGUCGAACGGAAUCAUCAACUAUGAGGAGUUCACCCACAUGGUGACGCUGCCACCGGUCGAUUACUGAUUCCCCCAAGACGAAUCCAACAAACCAAACCCAAAAUUCUCAACAAACAAACGGACAAAAUGACAUCAUACCACCUGUAACUGAGGCAUUAACAGUCAUAUGUUGUACCUGUGUGGUGAAAAGUCUUCUCUUUUUUUUCUUCAUGAUUAGAUCUGAAUUGUUAAAUCAAAAAACAUAUUUUCUCUUUUUAGAUGUUUGGUAAAUAUCUGUGUUAAAAGCCUCCGGCUGACAUGCACAAAUUGUUGGAUGUUGUUUAGAUCUGUAUUAAUUAGCACCUCCAUCAGUUUUAUUUGUAUUAACAAGCAAGGUAAAUAAAUAACUGCAUGUAAUAGCACACUACUACAUUUUGAGUAAUGCAGACGUUUAUCAAAAGAGGCUUGGGUUUGAGGAUUUUACUCAUUGCCAUGAGGAUUUUUUUUAUUGACUUCAUUAUCUGGGAUGAUAUAUCAUUUACAUACUUUGACUCUUGAUAUUGUGCUUUGGAACCAACUUUGUCAUACUAACCAAGAAACACUUAUUUAAAAAUAACUGGUAAAAAAGUGAAAAAAUAAAUUAACUGAAGUUGAACAUAUGAAUGUCAAUACAUCUACUUCAAAUAUAUGUUGCUGCAUCUCCUGCUUAUAAUAAUGAUAAUAUAUAUUCACCCAUCCAUCUUUAUGAUCACUUCCCAUAACUUAAAAACAGAAAAACUGGAAAAACAGAGAUUCAAAACAGAGAAAACUCAUACAGCAUUAAUAUUAAACUUAAGCAUACCACAGAAACAAACCUUUAUUUCUGUGUUUUUCCUAUCGGGGGUCCCACUUUAAAAGGUAAAAUGACUAAACGCAGGAGAUAAAGUAUGUGUGAUGUGCUGCGUGACACCUCUCAGUCAGCGGCCAUUUUGAUGUGUCUUUGGUGUUUUGCUUUUUUCCGACAUUGAUAAGACAGUCUUCCAUAUCCAUCUAAGUCCCCUCUCUUAUAAAUGUGAAACUCGUUUGAUCUUGUUAUAUUUAGCCAAGUAAUAACUCUGACUUAGCACGUUGUCAAAUUAUUUUGCUCCCUGGGAGACCUUUGUCCAAUUUCCAGACACAAAACAUUCCUCUGAAGAGGAAAUAAACACAGUCACAUUCUUUUUUUUUGGAACUUAUCUUUUAAUAAGAUGCUACACAGGUAUGUCUGCGACUUUACAGAUGGUGUCUGCAUUUUGUCUGGACUGAUAACAUAUUUGCCCACAACACAUAAACCGAACCUAACAAGCAGUCUUUCUCUCCACAUGCCAAUUUGUUCAGAGCUGUGAAAAUAUUCAAAUGAAAUAUUUCACCCCAGGUAUUCCUGUUAUCACUCUAAGGCAGACAGAGAAGGGACAGAGAAGAGCCUUUUGAAAUUAAAAAAAAAAAAAGAAGAGAGAGAAACAAAAUAGACAAUGGUUGAAAGCUUUACAUUAUUGGUGGGAAGUUUUAUAAUAUGACUAAAUAAUCAUUUAAUCCAAGUGCUAAGGUGAUGGGUUUCAGACAGAGUGACGUCAUAACCUGUAGAGACAAAGUUUAAUAUGGAAUUCAGUUAACUUCCCCAAGAUUUCUUGAUUUUCAAUCAGUGAAUAAUUGCAUCCACACAAGCAGUGACGAUAACAAAAACAAUUGUUUACACAUACACCCAAGAUGUAAACAAAAAGCCUCAAUGGAGACUGCAUUCAGCCUCAAAUUAAUAUUUAAUUCCUCCUGAAUCUCUUGAGUUUUUAGAAUAAAAUCAGUUAUCACCGUUAUGAUAAAUAAUCAUUGACCAACAUGAGGGACUAAAAUAUUUCUGUUGACAAAAGUAAACACCAGAUUAGAUCUGACAUACUGAUAGCACACAAUUACAGCACAACACUGGAGACAUUCUCUUUAAAACAAAUAUUUAUUUUAAAGUAGUGUCUUGAAUAAUUGUACAAUAGGAAUUUUAUUUGUACAUCAUCAGUUCAAAUCAAAGCUGACCUGAUAUUACUUGUUCAACCCAUUUAGACCAAUGUCUGUCUAAGCUCUAAAACCUACACAUCGUUUAGAAAACAGCCUAAAAAAGACUAAAAGUUGAUGAACUUCCUACUAAAGGUAACAGGAAUAUGGUUGAGAUUUAAACCUAAAUAUAAAAAAACAAAAAGUAAAACAUUAAAAAAAAACUUUUCACAUCCCGCUCGACAGAUAAAAGCAUAAUGAUUUCAUUUGAGAUCUUAAAAGGAGACAUGUUCUGCAUCAUUUCUCAAUGGAUUACCAUUCGAUGUGCAGAAGCAUGAAGAAAUAAUGGAAAAAUAUGAAGCUCGGAGAAUUCUGAGCUGCUUUUCACCCCCUUUUGAUAAUGAAUCGGUUAUUAGGAUGAUUCAUUGUAAGCAGCAACGGGAAGGAAGGACGGACGGCUUUGGAAAGAGUCUGACAAGAGGAGAUAAAGAAAAAAAAUUAAACAGGUUGAGACAUGUUCUCAGUGCUUUAAUUAUUUUUCACAAACCUCAUGCAGUAUCAUGCAAUCGGUUUUUUUUAAAUUUCCCUUUGAUUAGAGCAAUGUCGACAAUAACUUCAAAAGCAUGCAAUUUAACAUGAAUUCCACUUCUUGAACUUGAACAAAUGAUCCAGUACUGAAGUGAAUAAGGCACUGGGCCCGCCAAUACCUGAACCCUAAACGGAUGGAGCCGCUCCGGCUUCUAGCACCAAGUGUUUCCUGCAGAAUCCUUUUGAUGUGAGAGCUUUAAGUGCGUGAGGAUGUACACCUGUUACUGCUACAUCAUUGUAAAAGCUUUUUCUCCUCUUUUUUUUUCUUUUCUUUUCUUUUAUUUUCCAUUCGACUGUUAACAGCCUGAGAAUUU